AUGAAGCCACAGGGAAUUUUAGAAGAGGAUAUCAAGCUAAGGGCUUUUCCAUUUUCAUUAACUGUAGUAGAAAAAGAUUGGUUAUACUAUUUGCCACCUAGAUAUGUUACAUCUUGGAUUGAAAUGAAGAAGGCUUUCUUGGAGAAAUUCUUUCCAUCUUCAAGGACUGCUAUUAUCAAGAAAAGUAUCUGUGGGAUUGAACAAGUGGUGGAAAAGACACUUUAUGACUAUUGGGAGAGAUUUAAGAAGCUAUGUGUAAGUUGUCCUCAACAUCAGAUUAGUGAGCAGCUACUAGUCCAAUGGUUCUAUGUGGGCUUGUUACCUAUGGACAGGAGUAUGAUAGAUGUAGUGGCUGAAGGAGCUUUAGUGAAUAAAACUCCAGAACAAGCUAGAGAGCUUAUUUCUAGCAUGGCAGAGAACUCACAGCAGUUUGGAAGUAGGUCAUUGACUACAAGAGGAGUUGGAGAAGUUCAAGUGGUUUCUAAUGAACAAAAGGAAAUAAGGAGCUCAUUAUUGGAAUUAACAUCUUUAGUGAAGCAAUUGGCAUUGAACAAUGCUAAUCAAAUUUCUAUUUUGCUGAGUACACAAUUUCCAUAUCAAUCAAGGGGAGUUUGUGGUAUUUGUUCGAGCCAAGACCAUAAUUCAGAGUUAUGCCCCAAUCUUCAUCAAGAUGAGUCAUUUGCAUCAUUUUCUAGAGCUCAAUUUCCUCAAAAAUUUGACCCUCGUUCUUCUACUUAUAAUCCUAGUUGGAGAGAUCAUCCCAAUUUGAAGUAUGGUAAUUCAUUUAAUCAACAACCACCUUUAAAUCAGAAUUUUCAGCAAAAUCAAAGUUUCUAG